CCUGGGGUCUUGGGGGGGGCCGAGAGCAGGGGGGAGCCGGCGGGGGAGGGACCCAGGGGUCCGGGGUGCUGAGAGAUGCCCUUUACUGGGAUCCAGCGAGCCCUCAGGACCUGCCCCAUCCCCCAUGGAUCAGGGGUCCCAACCCAGCCCUGACCUCUGACCCUCUUCUCUGCAGGGCAGAUCUGAUCCCUGGUGCUGAGACCCCAACAGGGCCCGGGGUGAACCCCACGACCUCCAGCACCACGGCAACCGUCCCUGUGGAUCCUGGUUCCGGGGGAGGCCCCUGCGUGGUGUGGGGCGGGCAGCACAUUCGCACCUGUGACGGUGCUGACAUGAGCUUCUGGGAAACCUGCCACUACGUCCUGGCCCAGCCCCAACAGCCUGUGCCUGGGCCAUGGUUCCGGGUGCUGGGUGAGAACAAGGACACUGUGGCUGGAGUGACUCGGCUGCACGCGGCUGGAGUGGAGCUGCCCAGGGCCAUCAUCAGCCUGCGCUGGGGCCUGCACGUGCUGGUGAAUGGCUCGUGGGUGACGCCCCCGUUCCAUGUUGCACCCGACACCUGGAUCGUGCCCAGUGGCCACCGCGUCCUGCUGCUCACGGCCGACGGGCUGCGGGUCAGCUGGGAUGGGGCCGGUGGCCUGGACAUCUGGCCCCCCCGGGCACUGGCUGGACAGCUCUGUGGUCUGUGCGGUGACGCCGAUGGGGACCCUGGGAACGAUCGGCGCCGCCCAGAUGGGACCACCACAACCAACGAUGAGGACCUGGGGGCCAGCUGGAGGGUCCCAGAUGACCCCAACACCAAGUGCCAUCCUGGGUCCAUUGCCCUCGGUGACUGCAGCAUCGAGGUCGGUCAUGCAGGGAAAAAACCUGAGAACUGUGGCCAGCUGCUGGACCCUGAUGGGGCCUUCGGGCCAUGCCAGGCCCAGGUGUCUCCUGAGCCUUUUUUCUGGGGCUGCAAGCUGGAUUUCUGCACCCUCUGAGGAAAGCGCGAUGCCCUCUGU